CUCUUUAUCAGUACAAGCAUUAAGAAAACCAUGGUUGGUCCAUUUUACUUACGAAACCAGACCUAAAACCUCUUACUAUUUAUUGUCUCUGGUUUUUAUUUCCCAUCGAUUUUUCAUUUUUAGCUGGUGUAUUUUCUUGAUUGUAUCCCGCUUUUACCUGUGGCAAUUUCUGUAUGUAGUUUUUUCUUUGCAGCAAUGAAUUCUAUUGAUUCGAUGAAUGAAAACGGGAGUAGGAUUUUCAACAGAAAUCCCGUUUCCCAGCAAAUGCCUUCUACUUCUGAGCGUUCUUCCUCAGCCACUGCCGAAUCAUCGUCCGAUUCAGGCAAUACUGAGAAAAUUUCUACUCCACCAUCAGUCAAACAGCAGAAAAAAAGCUCGCCCAACAAAAAUAAAAGCACUAUUUCAACCCCAUCGAAACCCUCUUCUUCAGUCAAGCGUCCCAGAGAGCGCCAAGAAAAAGAGGGGGCCAAACCUUCGUCCAAGAAAUCAAGGAAACCUGCGCUGGAAGAUAACAAGGGGAAAGCGGCGGGGGCUCCAGAAGCUGAAAAGUCUGCAAAGAAAAACGGUCCGAUUUGGAAUGCUAAGGAUGAGGCUGCUUUUCUAAAGAGGCUUGUGGCGUGCUGCGAAAAAGGUAAGGGUUUGCCCAAAAAUCUGGGUGUUUUUUAUGAGACUGUUAGGAAGGAUUUGGAUGGGGAUUAUACUCACGAUCAGCUGUAUAAUAAGUUAAGGGGUCUCAAGGCGAAGUUUGGUGCGGCUAGGGAUAAGAUUAAGGAUAAAGGUUUUGUUGGAUUUAAGAAUGCCCAUGAAGAGACUGUGUAUAGAAUGUCUAAGCAAGUUUGGGGAAAUAGGGAAGAGGAGGAGGAGGUUGGUAGUGAGAAAGCGGGUAAAGGAGGUGAUGCAAGAGUGGAUGAGAAGAAGAAGGUUGUUGUGGUGGAUCUAGGGGGAGAGAGAGAAGAGGUGAAAAGGAACAAAAAUGGAGUUGUGGACAUGGCUGUACAGGAGCAGGAGGGAGAAGAAGAGGAAGACGAAGAUGAAACCGAUGAUGAAGAAGGAGGGGAAGGGCAUGGUCAAGGUACGCAAAAUGAAAAUGUGAAUUUGGCACAGCACGACACUUUGAAAGGGAUGAAAACUAAGAAGAAGGAGGAGGAGGGGAUUUCACAUAUUUCUGAAAGUGUGCGCAACAGGGUUGCAGGCACAGGCACACAGAGAAGCGAGGUGAAGAUGGGAGAAGAGAAGGAUUCUUCUGAGGAUAAUUUGGGAGAAGAUAAGGAAUCUUCUGGUGAGGAUGAGGAGAGUGAAAGUGAAUCGACUGAUGAUGACAAUUCAGCACUGCGAGAUUCAAACGCUGCACUGAAGCUGCCCAGGUCCAAUGUUGGGAACAGUUCAAUACCGCGCGAAUCAAAUAGUGUGCUGAAGCAGUCCAAUGUUAGAGAUAAUUCCACACAGCAUGUGUCGAAUGGAAGCAGGAGGGUUGGCACUGCAGGUCAUUACGAUGUUGGGGAGAGUUUAAGGCAGCAUGAUGCUGAGGAACUGGCUGACAGAAGGAGGGUUGCAGCUACAGGUCAUCAUGAUGUUAUGGAGAAUUUGACACCGCAUGUAUCUGGUGACAGGUCAAAUGGAAGUAGGAGGAUUGCAACCACUAAUCUACCAAACAAUGAGGAGAAUUUCGUGCAGCAUGUCUCUAAUGGCAUGGCAAAUGGAAGCUCAUGCGUUGCAAUGGCUGAUCAACACCAGCUGUUUAAUCAGUUGUGCAAAGAGAACUUGAAAAUAUUCAAUAAUCAGUUGUUGGACAUGCUUGAAGGGUUCAAGCAUGAGAUUUUGAAUAUGGUAAAGAAAGAACUUCAGGUUUCUUUAAACACUGCGAGAGCCACUAGCUUUGAUUUCUCAACGAUUAAGGGAUUUUCUUCUGCAAGGGAGUUGCCAUCGCUGAGCAACACAGAAGUUGAAAUGCUUGAUCAGAAGUGGGAAACACAGCAGCUUAUUGAGAUGGAAGCUGCUUCCAAACGUUUAGCAUUAAUGCAAGAAGAGCACCAACUACGCAUGGCAAAGCUUCGCCAUAAGUAGAUUUCUUGGAUUGGCUGGCCCCCCUUGAGAAGUCAUGUCUCUGGAUGGAUUGCCCCUCUUCGUGAAGAGAUAUUAUGUGGUAUAAAAAGAAGAGAUGGAGGUAAGAAAAGCAAGUAAAAAUGUGAUAUUCUAAUAUAAGUAGAUUUUUGAAGAAGAGUGUAUAUGUGCAAAACAUUGCAUCAUUUACAAGCAGGUUUUAUGGAGUUUUAAAUGAUCAUCAUCCAUUGAAGAAGCAAUAUUCAAGGCAGCAAAAACUUUGUUCAUUUGGAGGUUGGUGCCUCCCAUUAGAAGAGAUUGGUGUUUAUUGCUAAGUUGGUGCUAAGUAGUUGGGAUCCGUGUCUCUAGUGGCUUGGUGCUUACAAUGAUUUGUAAGAGAAUUUUAUUUUGUGGCUGGAUCUAAACAGUAGAUCCAGACAUGGAUUCUUUGUAGUUUUCUCUCGAAAAGAUUUCUACAUAAAUCAUGUGUUUCUUAAUUGUUAAAUCUUAUGUGAUUUCUUUAUUGUGGUGAUAAA